AUAACACCUCACAUGACGGGUCACAUGACGCCAAGCCUCGACACCACCUCCUGCUUCACAGAGCGAGGCUAGCUGUUAGCUUCAACUACCGGACUGACAGGCGGCCGAGAUGAGUUUCCUAGGAGGUCUGUUUGGGCCGGUAUGUGAGAUAGACGUACUGCUGAAUGAUGCAGAGAACAGAAAGACAGCAGAGUUGAAGACGGAAGACGGGAAAGUGGAGAAACACUACCUGUUCUAUGACGGAGAGUCUGUGUCUGGCAAGGUGAAUCUAAAUGUGAAGCAGGGAGGAAAGCGACUAGAGCAUCAGGGCAUCCGCAUCGAGUUUGUUGGACAGAUAGAGUUGUUCUCUGAUAAGAGCAACACCCAUGAAUUUGUGGACUUGGUGAAAGAGUUGGCUCUGCCUGGAGAACUCACUCAGAACAGGAGCUACGACUUUGAGUUCAUGCAGGUGGAGAAACCCUAUGAGUCCUACACUGGAGCCAAUGUCCGGCUACGGUAUUUCCUCAGGGUCACAAUAGUUCGUCGUCUGUCUGACUUGGUCAAGGAAUAUGAGCUUAUUAUCCACCAGUUAGCUACCUACCCGGACGUCAACAACUCAAUCAAGAUGGAGGUCGGCAUAGAAGACUGUCUGCACAUUGAGUUUGAAUACAAUAAAUCCAAAUACCACCUCAAGGACGUGAUUGUUGGGAAGAUCUACUUCCUGCUGGUCAGGAUCAAGAUUCAACACAUGGAGCUGCAGCUCAUCAAGAAGGAGAUAACAGGCAUAGGUCCAAGUACCACCACAGAGACCGAGACGGUGGCAAAGUAUGAAAUCAUGGAUGGAGCUCCGGUUAAAGGAGAAUCCAUUCCCAUCAGACUCUUCCUGGCAGGAUACGACCUGACAACCACCAUGAGGGAUGUCAACAAGAAGUUCUCUGUACGCUACUUCCUUAAUCUGGUGCUGGUAGAUGAAGAGGACAGGAGAUACUUUAAACAACAGGAGAUUGUUUUGUGGAGAAAAGCUCCAGAGAAGAUCAGGAAAAGAAACUUCCAGCGCUACGAGUCGCCUGAGCCCCGAACCCAGCCAGUUACCUCCGAGCAGCCAGAGAUGUGAUUGCAAUGUUAUGAACUGAAGAUAAACCAAGAAACACACCAACUCUUCACUGCUGAACAGCCAGAGGUGGCAGGGCUGCUCCACCCAUCUCCCUGGACUGAGAAAUAUACACAUAACAUACAUACAGACGUGGCCAUCACCACUCCACAGCUUCAGAUGAGAGGACCCCCUUCACACCCCCGCCCCCCCCAACAAAUCCACCCUAGGAACACUGAAGAAGCCUGUCUGAUCCUUGGGUCCUGGAUUGAAAACACACACACACACACAUAAAUGAAGCCAUACAGUCUCAGUUUGCUGAAAGGAGAAAAAAAUUAAAAAACUGGAGCAAAGAUGGAAAAGAAGGGGUGGCUACACUUCCACUUCUUUUGUUUGCAGUCUUUGGACAGCCCUCAUUCUGGACUUUGUCACAAAAUGUGAAAAAUCUGGACGGGAUGGCCAGGGAUUUAAAGUAGUCGAGACACGUGGAGAUCAGCAUGAACACAAGAGGCUAAGAUAUGAGGCAACACGCAACUCUUGAGUUAAUGCUACGCUGAGCUGCUGUCUUCUCCCUCCUCCACCAGGCUGGCAAAUCGGGAGUUUCAUAGUGAAGUGUUUUGUGACGGCCUGCAGGCUGCUUCUUCCAUGCACGUGUCUGUUCGGUGCAACAAAUGUCCAUCUUAACAUAAACCUAUUCUUCUAUUCCAUUAUUCAAUGUGGCUGUUUUGUGAAAAUGAAAAAGAUUCCAAACGUU